UUGAAGCUUUGCAAAACAAAGAUGGCUGACGUUUUUGUGAUUAAUAGGAGUAAAACUGAACGGUUUUAAGUUUUACUUUAAUGUGUAAUUAAAACUAGCUUAUUUUAAUAAUAUUUUCAACAAGAUUUAUUUUAAUAGUCAAAACACUUUACAUUGAAAAGACAAUGUUGGAAUAAGUUCUUGCACGUCAUAAGGUUCGGUAGGGAGUGAGGAGUCAAGUUAUUGACGAAUGUGCGGUUAGACUUAAAUCGUGAGUGAUGUCUUUUCCACCUCGGCCGCCGAUGGUACCAUAUGGAAUUGCCCCAGGGGUAGUUACAAUGCAGAUGCCUACACACGUGAUGGUGGGGGCGUACGGCAGCGGGACAGUGGCGGGUCGCGGCGCCCUGCUGCCUGCGCCGGCGGCGGGCGCGGCAGGCGCCAAAGCCGGUCGCGGGGCUCGCGCGCACAACGGGCAGAGCGAAGGGCCGCCCGUCACGGUAUUCAUCGGCAACAUCUCUUCGCGGGCGCCCGACGCGAUGAUGCGCGCCUUGUUGAGUGCGUGUGGCGCCGUAUGCAGCUGGAAGCGCGUGAGCACGUUCGGUUUCUGCGAGUUCGCGGGCCCGGCGGCCGCGCUGCGCUGCGUUAGGCUGCUGCACGAUCGGCCUCUCGCCGAGCGCGCGCUCCUCGCCCGCGUGGACGGCAAGAUGCAGGCGCUCGUCGACACGUACAAGACGGAGCAGCGCUCGCGCCUCGUCGAGGGCGGUGCGGAGGGCGGCGCCGACGAGUACCUCGACGCCAAGCAGCGCGGCCUGGACGAUGCGGUCGAGAGGAAGAUCGCGCAGAUCUAUCGAGACUACCAGGAGGAGAUUAACAACUACGAGAUCCUGCAGAAAGAGGAGCAGAUCUCGAAGACGGCGCGCGUGCUCGAGGAGGCGGACAUCUCGGAAGAGAAGCGGGACGUCAUCCACCGGGAGAUCGGCAAGUUCCGCGAGAGCAUGAAGGAGGAGGCCGACGUCGUGGUGCGGCGCAAGAGGGACAAGGACGACAAGCCCGAAAAGGACAAGGAGAGGGACCGCGACAAAGACAGGGAUAGAGACCGGGAUCGAGAGCGCGACAGGGACAGGGAGCGGGAGCGGGAGCGAGAGCGAGAUCGCGAGCGGGACAAAGAUAGAGAGAGGGACCGGGACCGCGACAAGGACAGGCGGAAGAGGAGCGUUUCCAGAGGUAAGGAACGGGACCGAGAACGGGAGGAGCGAGAGAGGGAGCGCGAGCGCGAGCGGGAGAGGGAAAGAGAACGAGAAAGGGAGAGAGAAAGAGAGGUUCGUGAGCGUGAAAGAGAGCGGGAACAGAGGGAAAGAGAGAGAGAACGCGAGCGAGAAAGAGAACGCGAACAACGGGAGCGAGAGCGGGAACGCGAGCGCGAACGGGAGCGCGAGAGAUCGCGGGACCGAGAUCGAGACAGGGAGAGGGGCCGGGGGGAGGGGGACUCGCGACGGGACAAGGAGCUGGAGGACGAGGCCCGCGACAAGAAGAGGCUGGAGAAGAAGGCGCGCGAGAAGGAAGCCGCCUAUCAGGAACGGCUCCGGAACUGGGAGGGUCGCGAGCGCCGUAAGGCGAAGGAGUACGAGCGAGACAAAGAGCGGGAGAGGUGCCGCGAGGAGGAGAGGGAGCGUGAGGCCAAGAGACUCAAGCAAUUCCUCGAGGACUACGACGACGAGCGGGACGACCACAAGUACUACAAGGGCAAGGAGCUGCAGCGGCGCCUGGGCGCGCGCGUGCGCGAGGCCGAGAGCGACGGACGCGAGAGGCAGCGCGAGCAGGAGGAGCUGAGCGCGCUGCGGGCCGAGAUCUUCGGCGCCGCGCCGCCCGACGACCCCGUCGCGGGCGCGGCCUUCGAGCGCGCCAAGAGGGCGCACGAGGAGCGCUACCGGCCGCGGCCGCUCCUCGACGUCACGCUGCAUCACGAGCUGCAGCAGGAGAGGGAGCGCCAGCGCGCCGUGCGCCGCGAGAGGGCGCGCCUCGAGGCCCGCGAGAGGCUCGCCCGGGAGCGCGAUCGCUACCUGCGCGCGCAGGCCUCGCGGCAGCUGCCCACCGAGGCCGAGCCCAUCGACUCCGACUCGGACGGCGGAGUCGCUUCGGGCGCGUCGGAGAGCGGCGAGCGCGGGCCGGGCGAGAUCGGCGCCGAGGCGGCGGAGGACGCCGACGGCGGGGAGGCGGGCGAGGGGCGAGAGGGCGAGGGCAGGACGUCGGCGGACGACGGAUCCCUGACGCCCCCGCGACCCCCCGCCGCCCACCCCCGCAGACAUCGCCAUCGCCGGCAUCGUCGAGACACGCAAAACGGAGGCAGCACCCCUCCCUCCCCCGAGCCCGCUCCUUCUCAUCGGCACCACGCACACGGCGGCGGCGGCGGCGGCGGCGUCUCGGUGGGCGGCUCGCCCAUCUCCAUCAGCUUCAAGGGCAAAUCGCCGGGCCUCACCCCCGCCGCGCUCACGCCCGCGGCCGACAUGGGCCGAGUGCACGCGGCCUUCGCCGACGAGGACGAGCCCUCGCCCGACGCGCCCCGCCAUCACCCCCACCGCAGGCACUCGUCGAGCAAAGACAAGCGCGACCGAGAGAAGCGCAAGCGCGAGAACAGCGAGAGCGAGAAGGCGGACGGGGGCGACAGGGGCGAGGAGGGCAAGAGCGCCGAGGAGAAGAGGGCGCAGGUGAAGAGCCUCAUCGACAAGAUCCCCACGCAGAAGGAGGCGCUGUUCCGGUACGAGCUCGACACGGAGCAGAUCGACGCGGCGCUCAUGGACAAGAAGAUCCGGCCCUGGAUCAACAAGAAGAUCAUCGAGUACAUCGGCGAGCCGGAGCCGACGCUCGUCGACUUCAUCUGCAGCAAAGUGCUGGCCGGCUCCGCGCCCCACACCAUCCUCGACGACGUGCAGAUGGUGCUGGACGAGGAGGCCGAGGUCUUCGUCGUCAAGAUGUGGCGUCUGCUCAUCUACGAGCUCGAGGCCAAGAAGGCCGGCCUGCACAAGGCCGCGUAGACGCGAAAUGUCAAAUAAAUAUUAUUACUUUAUCGA